AUGAGUUUAUCUGAUGAGAAAAAUGUCAUUAAUGACAAACGUAAUUCUGCUAAAUAUGAUUCUGAAUUCAUAUCACAAGAACCACUCUCUGAUAGUAAUGUUGCUUCUUCAUCUGACCAAAGCACCUCUAAAUUAGGUUCAAGAUGGGCAAGGUUUAUAGAUUCUUUUAGGGAAAUGGAGAGACCGGAGGUCGAUCCAAAUAUGUCAGAAUUGGAUCAGAUCGCAUUCAGAACGGCAAAUACCCCACUACAACAACGCCUUACAAACAGGCAUCUACAAAUGAUUGCUAUUGGAGGUGCUAUUGGUACUGGUCUUUUCGUUGGUUCAGGGAAAGCUUUAAGAACUGCUGGUCCUGCAGGGAUUUUAAUCGGUUGGGGAUUAACUGGUACUAUGAUUUACUCCAUGGUUAUGAGUCUGGGUGAAUUGGCUGUCGUAUUUCCUAUCUCCGGUGGUUUUACUACUUUUGCUACACGGUUUAUAGAUGAGUCCUUUGGUUUUGCUAAUAAUAUCAAUUAUAUGUUACAAUGGUUAGUCGUUCUUCCUUUAGAAAUCGUUGCUGCCUCCAUCACGGUUAACUACUGGGGCACCGAUCCUAAAUAUAGAGAUGGUUUUGUUGCUUUAUUUUGGUUAGUCAUCGUAUGUAUUAAUUUCUUCGGUGUCAAAGGUUAUGCUGAAGCUGAAUUUGUAUUUUCCCUUAUUAAGGUCAUUACUGUCAUUGGAUUCAUUAUUUUAGGUAUUGUAUUGAACUGUGGUGGUGGUCCAAUCGGUGGAUAUAUUGGUGGUAAGUAUUGGCAUGCCCCAUAUGGUGCCUUUGUUGGCUCAACAUCAGGUGCUAGAUUUAAGGGUGUUUGUACUGUGUUUGUUACCGCUGCAUUCUCUUUUGCAGGCAGUGAGUUAAUUGGAUUAGCCUCUGCAGAAAGUGCAGAACCAAGAAAAUCCGUACCAAAGGCUGCAAAACAGGUAUUCUGGAGAAUUACCUUAUUUUAUAUAAUAUCCUUAACUAUUAUUGGCUUGUUAGUACCAUACAAUGAUAAUAGACUGAUCGGUGCAUCUUCUGUUGACGCAGCUGCUUCCCCCUUUGUCAUAGCUAUCGUCUCUCAUGGUAUUAAAGGUCUGCCCUCUGUCAUCAACGUUGUCAUUUUAAUAGCAGUCUUAUCUGUCGGCAACUCCGCUAUCUAUGCAUGUUCCAGAACUUUGUGUGCUCUGGCUGAACAAAAUUUCUUACCCAAAUGGUUUGGUUAUAUUGAUCGUAGAGGUAGACCUUUGAACAGUAUCAUAUUUACAUCAAUUUUUGGUUUAGUUGCCUUUGUCGCCCAAUCAGAGAAAGAAGGUGAAAUAUUCGACUGGAUGCUAGCAUUGUCUGGUUUAUCGUCUUUAUUUACUUGGGGCACAGUUUGUAUUUGCCAUAUUAGAUUUAGAGCCGCUUUGAAAGCACAAGGUAGAAGUACGGAUGAAUUGCCAUUUGUUUCACCACUAGGAGUUUACAGUUCCUAUUGGGGUAUUUUUAUAAUUGUAUUAAUGUUUAUUGCACAAUUCUACAUUGCAGUUGCACCAGCUGGUGAAAAACUAAGUGCUACUGCAUUCUUCGAAAGUUACUUAUCCUUCCCUGUUGUGCUGAUUUGUUAUAUUGGUCAUAAGAUUUACAAAAGAAAUUGGAAACUUUAUAUUAAAGCAGAAAAUAUGGAUAUUGAUACUGGUAGAAAAGAGAUUGAUCUCGAAGUUCUUCGUCAAGAAAUUGCUGAGGAAAAGACUAUACUUGCUGGUAAACCUUGGUAUUACAGAACUUGGAAUUUUUGGUGUUAG